AUGAAUAGUUUAUGGAUUUGUAGACAACCAACUUUAUUUCCAUUUGAUCAUUAUUAUGAUUAUAAUACAUUGGAUCAAAAUUCUAAGAUAAAUAACACAAUAAUCGAUCAUACUGAAUGUUCAUCAUAUAUACAUUUUGGUAAUACAUCAUAUACAUUAGGUUUUGGUCAUUUAUUUUCAGGUAAUUUACAAUCUUAUCAAGUAUUUAAUCCAUGUCAUCAAUGUUAUGAAUCAUAUUCAUUUGAAAUACCUCAAUGCUAUUCUAAUACAUUAGAAAUAGAAAAAAUUCAAUCACAACAAGAUUCGAUCAUUAAUUAUAAAAUUAAUAAAGCUAUGGAAAUUAUUCGAAAUAAGAUAAAAAAUGUUGAAAAACAAUAUGAUUACUCGAUAUCAUCAACACCUUAUCGAUCUGAUCAAAUAAUGAAUAAUAAUAAUAAUCAGAACAAUAUUAUUAAAGCAGCUAGACUACUUGAACGAGCAGCUAAUGCAAUGUCUAUUGCGGAUAAUAAACAAAACGGAUUUUGA